AUGAGAGCAGUCGUCCUUGCCCUGACUCUAGCCCUUGUGGCGGGUCAACAGGCAAAGCUUGCACCAGACUUUGGCACCAGUAAGACCUAUGUGUAUAAGUAUGAAGCAGUGCUUCUGGGAGGUCUGCCUGAGGCAGGCCUGGCCAGAGCUGGAGUGAAAGUCAGCAGCAAGAUUCUCAUCAGUGGGGUCGCCCCGAAUACCUACUUGCUCAAGCUCAUGGACCCUCAGAUCUUUGAGUACAGUGGCAUCUGGCCCACAGACCCAUUUGUCCCAGCUGCAAAACUCACCCAGGCCCUAGCUGCUCAGCUGCUUAUUCCCAUCAGGUUUGAGUACGCUAACGGUGUCGUAGGGAGGGUGUUUGCCCCUGAAGGAGUCUCUGCAACAGUUCUGAAUGUCCACAGAGGUAUCCUGAACAUUCUUCAGCUCAACAUCAAAAAUACCCCAAAUGUGUAUGAGCUGCAAGAGGCUGGUGCUCAAGGAACUUGCAAGACUGACUACAUUAUCAGUGAAGACGCAAAGGCAGAGCGCAUUUACAUUACCAAGUCCAAAGAUCUGAACAACUGCCAGGAGAGAAUAAUGCAGGAUAUUGGCAUGGCAUACACAGAGACAUGUGCCCACUGUCAACAGAGUGGAAAGAACCUGAGGGGAGCUGCAGCUUACAAUUAUGUCAUGAAGCCAUCUGCAGCUGGUGCUCUGAUUUUGGAAGCCACUGUUCAGGAGCUUCACCAGUUCACACCUUUCAAUGAGAUGACUGGAGCAGCCCAAAUGGAAGCCAGACAAGCCAUGACAUUCCUUGAGACCCAGAAUGCUGCAGUUCAGCCUAUCCAGGCAGACUACAUAGCUCGUGGCUCCUUGGCAUAUGAAUUUGCAUCUGAGACUCUCCAGACACCCAUUCAACUCAUAAAGAUCAGUAAUGCUCAGACUCAGAUUGAGGAGAUCCUGAAUCAUCUUGUGGCAAACAACAUGGCGGCAGUCCACGAGGAUGCUCCCCUAAAGUUUGUGCAGCUGGUUCAGCUCCUCCGUGCAGCUAGCUAUGAGAAUAUUGAUGCCAUAUGGGCUCAAUUCAAGGCUGAACCUGAUUUCAGACAUUGGAUUCUGGACGCUGUCCCUGCUAUUGGAACACCAGAUGCACUGCAGUUCAUCAAGGAGAAGUUCUUGGCUGGUGAUGUUACCACAGCUGAGGGGGCUCAGGCACUGUUGGCUGCCAUUCAUCUGGUUAAGGCUGACCAGUCCACCAUCGAACUUGCAGCCAGCCUGAUAUUCAACCCCAAGAUUCAGACAAACCCCAUUCUGCGUGAACUUGCAAUGCUUGGUUAUGGCUCCAUGGUCUACAAGUUCUGUGCUGCACAUCCCAGCUGCCCAGCUGAUGUCAUGAAGCCCAUCCUUGACAUUGCUGCAGAAGCUAUUGCUAAAGCCAAUGUGACUGAGAUCACCCUGGCACUGAAAGUUCUGGGAAAUGCUGGUCAUCCUGCCAGUCUCAAGACAAUCAUGAAGCUCCUGCCUGGAUAUAGCACUGCAGCUGCUGCACUCCCAACCAGUGUCCAUGCUGAUGCUGUGAUGGCCCUGAGGAAUGUUGCCAAAUUUGAGCGUAAACGGGUCCAGGGAGAGGCUUUGAAGCUGUUCAUGGACAGAGCCAAUCAUCCAGAGGUGCGCAUGGUGGCCUGUGUUGUGCUGUUUGAGACCAGGCCAACCGCGGGUCUGGUGACUGCUAUAGCUAACGCUCUGCAGAAAGAAGACAACCUACAAGUGGCCAGCUUCACCUAUUCACAUAUGAAGGCCCUGACCAGGAGCACUGCCCCUGAAUUUGCCCCAGUUGCUGCUGCUUGUAAUGUUGCUGUGAAGCUCCUGAGCCCCAAAUUAGACAGACUGAGCUACCGUUACAGCAAAGCAAUCCACCUUGAUGCGUACAGCACUAACCUAAUGGCUGGAGCUGCUGCAAGCGCUUUCCUGGUCAAUGAUGCUGCCACCAUUUUACCCAGAACUGUUGUGGCCAAGCUGCGUGCCUACUUUGCCGGAGCAGCAGCUAAUGUUCUGGAGUUUGGAGCUAGAGCUGAAGGAAUUCAGGAGGCUCUAUUGAAAACACCUGGCGCUGCUGCUGGUACUGUUGGUGGUGCAAACAAGAUCAAUAGGAUGAGGCGUGUCUUGAAGGCUCUCGCAGACUGGAAAGCAGCACCAGGAAACGAACCACUGGCCUCCAUGUACUUCAAACUGUUUGGUCAAGAAAUUGCCUUCCUGAACAUGGACAAAGCCAUGAUUGAUCAGGCAACUCCUGCAGCAGAUGCAGAUGCAAUGUUGAAGCGUGUGCUGAAUGCACUGCAGUCUGGAGCUGCAAUCCAGUGGGCCAAGCCCCUGCUGGCUGCUGAGGUGCGUCGCAUCUUCCCCACUGCCGCUGGAGUUCCCAUGGAAUUGAGUCUGUACACUGCAGCUGUAGCUGCUGCUGCUGCCCGCUUCAAAGCCACCCUCACACCUGCACCUGCUGAAGCCUUCCAUCUUUCUCAGCUGUUGAACACUGAUAUUGAACUAGAAGCUGAGAUUACACCAAGCCUUGCCAUGCACACAUUUGGUGUUAUGGGAGUGAAUACUGCCUUUAUUCAGGCUGCAGUUAUGGCCAGAGCUAAAGUGCACACCAUCCUCCCUCUGAAGUUUGCUGCAAGAAUCGACAUUGCUCAAGGCAACUACAAGUUUGAAGCUUUGCCUGUUCAGGCUCCGGAUCAUAUUGCAUCUGUGCGCUUUGAGACCUUUGCUGUGGCAAGAAAUGUGGAAGAUGCUGCUGCUGCUAGAAGCACUCCAAUGGUGCCUGCGGCUCUAGCAGCCCAGCUGUCCAAGGAGAAGUUCACAUCAAAGGCAGCAGAUUCUGCGGUUGGUGGUUUUGCCAUAUCUGCAAGGGUUCAGCAGAUGUACUGUGGCUCUAGCUCAACCUUUGGGUUGACAGCAUGUGUUGAGGUUGCAUCCCAGAAUGCUGCGUUUAUGAGAAACAGCCCUCUUUACACACUGGUUGGAAAACAUGCAGUCAUCGCUGCCAUUAAACCAGCAGCUGAAGCAGCCAUCGAAAAAGUGCAGAUUGAAAUCCAGUAUGGACCCAAGGAAGCCUCAAAAAUAAUCAAACUGAUCACUCUGAAAGAUGAGGAGGAAACUCCAGAGGGAAAGGGUGUCCUGCUGAAAUUGAAAAAGAUCCUGUACACUGGAAAUGUGCGAACAACCAACCUGAAAAACAACAGCUCAUCUGUCCUGUCUAUUCAGCAGAACCGAAUGAGAAAUGUUACCAGCUCCUCCUCCAGCUCCUCCAGCCACCGUGCACUGAGCCUCAGCAAGAGCAGCCAUUCUUCUAGCUCUAGUUCCAGCUCUUCCUCUUCAGCUGCUUCUCAGCACAAGAAAAACAGCAAACACCAGGCCAGUGCUAGCAAGAUCAAGCAAACUCCCAGUAGUAGCAGUAGCAGUAGCAGCAGCAGCAGCAGCAGCAGCAGCAGCAGAAAGAGCAAGUCUCCCAAAGGCUCCAAGAAGGUCAGCGCCAGCUCCUGGAGUUCCAGUCGUUCUGUCAGUUCCUCCAGCUCCAGCAUGUCCCACGCGGAAAUCUACGACUACAAGUUCACCAAAAACCACAUCCACCAGCAUGCCGCCUCUAAAGGUGCAUCCAGGGGCAGGAUGUCCUCCAGUUCAAGAAGCAGCAGCACUGGCAAUAGCAAAGCCAGUCGAAGCCUGAGCAGCAGCGCCAGUGGAAGUCGGAGCAGCAGCGCCAGCAGCAGGAGCAGUGCUGGCAGCUUUCAGGCCAUUUACAAUAAGAACAGAUACCUUGGAGAUUCUGUGCCCCCUGCCAUGGCCAUUACUGUUCGUGCAGUGAGGGCUGAUGGAAAGAAGCAAGGAUACCAGAUUGAAGCCUAUAAGGAUGCUGCUGCUGCUAGGGUGCAGAUCAUUAUGGCUGCUCUUGCUGAAAAUGAGAACUGGAAGCUGUGCGCUGAUGGCAUCAUGCUGAGCAAACACAAAGUCAUGGCUAAGUUUGGCUGGGGAGCAGAAUGCCAGGAAUAUGCAGCAGUUGUCAAGGCAGAGACUGGCAUGAUGGGUGCAAGCCCUGCAGCCCGCGUGAAGCUGGAAUGGACCAAGAUUCCCCGUGCUGCUAAGCACUAUGCUCACAAGAUCGCUGCUUACGUCCCUGGUGCUGCUCUCAUGGCUGGAAUAAAUCAGGGCAGACCCAGGAACAGAGCGGGACAAAUCAAAAUUACUGCAGCUGCCACUUCUGAGAGGACCUUCAAUUUCAUAAUGAAAACACCAAGGAUGACCCUGUAUAAAUUGGCUGUGGCCCUUCCCUUUGCCCUGCCUUUUGGAGCUGGAGCUGCUGCUCGCCCAGAUCAGAACAUUCCCAGUAGAAUUGCUGAAGUCAAUGGAGUGCAGUGCAGCCUGGCCAAUGAUACCCUGACCACAUUCAACAACAGAAGGUACAGGAAUGAAAUGCCCAUCUCUUGCUACCAAGUGCUGGCCCAGGACUGCACCCCAGAGCUUAAGUUCAUGAUUCUGAUGAAGAAGGAUUCAGUUUCUGGACAGCACCAAUUCACUGUGAAGCUUGAUGACAUGGAUGUUGACCUGUACCCCAGUGACAGUGUAUUGCGGAUGAAGAUCAACGGCAAGGAAGUACCUACCACCAGCUUACCUUAUGAACAUCCCACAGGUUCAAUCGUCAUUGGACAGAACGGUGAUGGGCUGUCUCUCUAUGCUGCCAGCCAUGGCCUGCAUGAAGUCUACUUUGACAAAAAUACAUGGAAGGUCAGAGCUGCUGAUUGGAUGAAGGGUCAGACUUGUGGAAUGUGUGGAAAGGCUGAUGGUGAAGUUAGACAGGAAUUCCGCACUCCCAGCGGACGCUUGACCAAGAAUGCUGUCAGCUUUGCCCAUUCUUGGGUCCUUCCUGCAGAAAGCUGUCGUGAUGCCAGCCAGUGCUACAUAAAGCAGGAGUCAGUGAAGCUGGAGAAGCAGAUGAUUCUGGAUGGACAGGAGUCUAAAUGCUACUCUGUUGAGCCUGUGCUCCGCUGUCUGCCUGGCUGCAGCCCUCAGAGGACCACCCCUGUCACUGUUGGCUUCCACUGCAUCCCCACUGAUUCCAGAGUGAACAUGUCUGGGGGCCUGAACAGCAUUGGUGAGAAGAGUAUAGAUCUUAGGGAAACAGUUGAAGCCCACCUGGCUUGCCGCUGCACAGAUGAGUGUGCAUAA